CGGAAAUUCCUUAGAAAUCCUGCGGCCAUUUUUAAGGGCGUCUCAUUCUUCUAAAAUAAAAGAUACGACAUUAUCAGUAUCUCUCACACUUCAGCUACCGGAAGUCUCUCACCAGCUGAAAAAUGAAAGUUUCUGUGCAAGUGGGUGUGGUGUUUCUUCUGGCCUUAUUUGGUCUGGGCGCAGCUAUUAAGUGUUACAGCUGCUUGGGCGUCACUGGCGACUGCCCUGCGACCCAGGAUUGCAAGGAGGAUUCCUGCCUAAAACUGGAUGAUAAAGGUGGACAGAAAUACAGAGCAUGCAUCAACUAUUCAAAGUGUGACAAUGCCAAUCUUGGUCUGCUGUAUCCUUCGGUGUCCUCGUUCUCGUUCAAAUGCUGUCAGACAGAUUUGUGUAACGGCGCCCCUGAGAGCGCUGCCAAAAGCUCAUUGAUCGGCCUGAUGUUCUCGCUGGCUCUGUUCUUCUGGUGUAUCUUCUAAGCUGAUGCACCUGAUUAAACCAGAGUGCUGCUUU